CAUUGUAGCGGAGGCUUAACACAGCUGCUCGCUUGCUUGUGAACGCUACACACAAUCCUCGCGGCCGGUUUAACUGGUUUAACCAACGGGAAACAAGUCUCUUUUCAAAAUUCGGCAAGUUUCAUUUGGUUUCGUUCGGGACGUUGAGGGAACAGCGUGUCUUCUCAACCAUGUUCUCACCUACAAGAGAAAUUUCUGAUCCUCGUGGUUGCAUCAUCCCGCGCGAGGCCCGAUAGUUAGGCCUCUAUAUUGUAUUAACCAAUUGGAACUUGCUCGAAAAAUCACAACGUGCCUUCAGGUCGGCACGUAUACCUAGUCGUGGCCAAUAGACCCGCGAAAAGGAGGACUACCACGCCGUUGAGAUUGAUUGCAGCGUCCAGUGCAACACGUGGAAUCGUAAUCCAGGACGAGAAGGUUAAUUGUUACGAGAAGCCAUGCACGACUUUCACAACAAGCUUUGCUCGUUACUCUUAGGAGAAUAUUUCGGCUCUAUCGUACAAUGCAUCGGCAUUAGUUUAGCGUACGGAACGAAAACGUUACACGCAAUAUGUUUCAGAACGAAACUGCCACGGGCGAAGGUAAGGGAAGGUCUACAUGUUCUCAUGAAACACGGUUUUGUUACUUCUGGAGAGUAUGACGAGCGCAUCGGAUAUACCUUGCAUCUAAACAAGGUUAUUAUGCUUCUUCGCUUGCCAAGAUACACGCUCUUUGUAAAAACUAUGUGCGGAGACGAGGGUGAAAUUAUGUUGGAGGAGGUGCUGAAACACGGAUACAUCACGGCAUCAGAAUUGAUAAUAAAGACGUACAAGCGAAUCGAACAGACACCUUCCAAAUCCGUCCAACUGUCUUUCGUUCCGAAUCUAAAAGAGGUGUUCGAGUUGUUGGUAAAAAAUCAAUUUUUAAUGCAUAGUACAUUGGUUAACACGACGAUUGAGGAAGAGCAAGCCGAGAAACCCGUUUACGACUUACCUGAGCUCGACGUGAUGGCCAUUUCCAACGUGUUGGAGGGACAAAAUGUUGAACUUGCCGAUAAUAAGCUGUACUGGAAGGUCAAUUUCGAUCGACUUACACAAGAUCUUAGGGAUCAAAUCGUUAUAUCGGCCAUGACCCCAAGAUUCGAUAAAAAUGCGGAAGAAUUGAUGAGACAAUUGAUAAAUUUAAUGUACCUGCGGACCGCAUCUUGGGCAUCCACGUCGAAUCCCAUCCCGUAUAGCGAAAUAAAGGAAGCAGUGAAGAAGCUGAGUUAUCAAGAGCUCGAGCAUUAUCUCGAUCAAUAUUUGCAGCUUCUGGAGGAGGAUAGUACACAAUUUAUCAAACGGGUUGGCGAUUCCGGUGGAGGGCAGUACAGCAUUAAUAUGAAGAACGCAUUUGUGCAAUUGAUAUGGGCGACUUUGGACCAUAUCGUAACGGAAAGAUUUGGUCCCAAGGCUGCAAGGAUUUUUAGAUUGGUUCGCGACGAAAUUAAUGUUAACAUGGAACAAAUCCAGAAUUUGGCUAUGAUUCCAGCAAAGGAAGCCAAAUCCCUAACAUAUACCUUGUCUCAAGAAAAUUACAUACAAAUUCAAGAGAUGAGGAAAAAUGGAACUUUGUCGGGGCCGGCAAAAGUGCUUUACCGCUUUUACAUCGAUUUUGAUAGACUUGUCGAAAUGGAAACCGAGCAUUGUUAUCAAGCGUUGUACAACAUUAUAAAAAGACGGGAUCUCGAAACAACCAACAACAAACGUAUAAUAGAAAAGCAAUUGAGGAUACAGAUACUUUCCAACAAAUUUGAGGAACAUGGCGCGUCGGAGCAGCAGCUCACUGAUAUUGCAGAAAUGAUGACACCGUCUGAGACUCAACAGUUUGAAAAUGCGCAAAAUGCGAUCAAGAAACUGGCGGCCACACAGUUACAAAUAGACGAAACCUUAUUUUUAUUAAUGCUGUUCUCUAUUGUGAUAUACAGUGCAUUUGAUGUCUCUAUCUAUGAGGAAAAGUCAUCUCGGAUCGUGUGCAACAUAAAUAAAUAAUUGCGAUUCGCCAAUGUUCACUCGUAUAGUUUAAUAAGCAAAUGGCGAUGAAUAUAUGCGUACCUUUUGUCGAAAAGAAUGAGAGAUGAGGGAGAGUUAGUCACGUGACUCACAGCCAGCUUGUGGUGCGUUCUUGAUGAGACUUCCGUUUCAAUUGGUAUUCGACGAAAAUAUCGUAUGUAUUCUCAGGCGCGAAAAUGCAUUUCGUUCACAAUAACAGUAAAGCGCGUGCCUCCUAAAGACAAUGUUAUGCCACGCUGUAUAUAUGUGCGUUCCGAAGAAUGACUUUUCCUUUGUUCUACUGUAUGCUUUGUACGCUCAUCUUAACACUGCCGCGAUGAAGAUUAUUCCGUUACGAGUAUGUAUCAAUAAAUAAAAUUUAAAGUAGUGUUAUCAGUAGCGAUUUACCCAUCAUCCUAAAUAUAUAUUUUGAUUUUAUGCUAUUGAUACCGAUAGUGUACUACGAUCACGACACGAGUAGUGUUAAGAUGAUCGUGAGAAUUUUGUUUCACUCGCACAUCUGACUGUUUUCUUAUACUCUCUACCUUUCACACACUCACAGUCUUUCUCUUACUCUUCCUUUCAUCUCUUUCACGCCUCUUUCUCACUCUCGCUCUCAUUCUAUCUCCUCUCAUUUGCACUAGUACUGCAUAACUAUAUACAUCCCUCAUACAUACAAGUUUUUCAUCUAGAAAUAGUGUCGUACACCCCUAAAACUAAGAUUGAAUUUCGGUAAAGCGUUAUUUUAUUAUAUUUUUUUAUACCAUUAACAACAACGUACAUGUAAAUGAAGUGAAUGCUUGGAAUAUUGAGAGCGGAUGUUAGUGUUCACUUUUUCUUUACGUUAAAUAUACUAUAAUAUUAGUAGUGUAAUUCGAUUUACAAUUUACUAUUCUUACAGUUUGCAUUCGCAUUGGUUGCAUGUAAAGGCCAGUAAAUAUAAUAAUCGUGUGCUGAUAUAUUAUCGCGUAACAUUCGUGAUAUCUGAAAGUAAGGAGAUCGCCACGGACUAAGUAUCGUUGCUAAUUUCAACGAUCGUGUGGGUAGAAGUCGCAAUCGAUGGAAUGCAGAACCGAUUUUUAUCAAAGCAAAUACCGCGGACAACAAUAAGAAUCGGCGAGUACUUUUAAAGAAGGGAAAACGCGGACCGAACUCCAUUGCACGCGCGAGUUACAUUGUCACAGAUGGUUUGGUUUUGUAAAAUUUCGCAAACAUAAAAACAAUUUUUUAAUAUUCAUAACGAAGAUAUGGCACAACUGAAAAAAAAUGCAAGAUAGGCAGAUCAUUCACUCGAAAUAUGUCAUCUUUUUGCUAAGUGAAAAAUUGCCAUUGUCUAACAGUAGAGCGAUUAAAAGAAAAUUGCAUAUCUUUCGAAGCUUGCCCUUGAAACUGGCGACGAAAGCUUGAUCUAGAGAGAGAAACGUACUUUAAGACGUAAAACUUUGAACUGAAGAAAAUUAUGAAUAUGAUAUAAAAUUGAAGUUCCUAGACGCAGUAUUCCAAAAUCAUCACAGACCAAGGAAACGGCUCCAACGAGGGAAAUGUAUACAUGUAAAGAUACUGCAUUAAAAAUGUGUCUCACAUAGAAA